UGUUUUGAAAGGCGCCUGGGAAUAUCAGAAUAAUAGCGGAAGUGUGCAGAAGUGGCAGGAGAAGCAGCAUGGCGUACACGGCGAAAAUCGGUCCAUCUAUUUUGAGCAGCGACCUGUCUCAGCUCGGGAGGGAAUGCGAGCGAAUGAUGGAGUGCGGUGCUGACUAUCUGCACCUUGACGUCAUGGAUGGGCAUUUUGUUCCAAACAUCACAUUUGGGCAUCCAAUGGUGGAAUGUUUACGAAGCUGUAUCGGACCUGAUCCAUUUUUUGACAUGCAUAUGAUGGUAUCCAGACCAGAGCAGUGGGUGAAACCAAUGGCAGCAGCUGGAGCCAAUCAAUACACUUUCCAUCUAGAAGCUACAAGCAACCCCGGCAAUCUUAUCAAGGAAAUCAGAGAGAGUGGCAUGAAGGUUGGUCUUGCUAUUAAACCUGGUACAACUGUUGAAGAAUUGGCACCAUGGGCUGGACAGAUUGACAUGGCUCUUGUCAUGACAGUAGAGCCUGGCUUUGGUGGUCAGAAAUUUAUGGAAGAUAUGAUGCCAAAAGUGAGCUGGCUCAGGGGUCAGUUCCCAUCUCUAGACAUUGAAGUGGAUGGUGGAGUCGGUCCAGACAGCAUCCACAGAUGUGCUGAGGCUGGAGCAAACAUGAUCGUGUCGGGCAGUGCCGUGGUGAGCAGCGAUGACCCUCGUUCUGUAAUCGCCCUCCUCAAAAAUGUCGUUAUGGAGGCUAUCCAGAAACGUUCUUUGGACCGUUGAGCAUCUUGAAUUUUUACCUGAUGUCAGUUUUCAGCCACCACUGGAAGUCAUUCCUGCAGAUUCUGAGAGUCCGUUGUAGUGUACAGUUUGUUAAAUGAAUUCUCAGUGGUGCUUGUGAACGGACAUGAUCCAAUGUUGGAUGUGCCGAAUCUUCAAACCACAGGAACUGCCUUUACCCAGACUCUUGCUUACGUCAAGCUGGAGUUUUCAGAGAAAAGUGAUCUGAAAGAAUGGGUCUGUUCCUUCUACACCAGUUUGAUCAUUCCUCUCUUAAGUAAACUCUCUUUACUUAAGUCAAUUAAGUCAUUUUGUUUGAUUUGUCAGUUUGUCGCAGCAUCUGUUACUGUUGAUGAGGCUGCAGAUUAUCAAUUUCAACAGUUUUUAGUUUUUAAGUUGAAAAAUGACAUUGAAAUUGAGUUUUGCAUGUUUUCAAUACUGUAAAGUAGAGCAGGUAUUGGCAUGGACAAAUGAAUUCUGACACAUUCCACAACAUUUCAAGUACACUCUGAAAUGAUAAAAUUAUAAGCAAAAGACUUGUGGUGUCAAUUGUCAGUCCCACUCACCCCAGUUAAAUCAUAGGAACAUGGAAAUGUAGCUGUUAACAUUCGAUAUAAUCCCACUUUUCAUGGUCAACAUUAAAAUUGAAAGAUUUUAUAGUGCAAGUGUAAUAAUCCUAUUAUGAAUUAUUCAUAUUUCUUUUUUUUAGUUUUAAUUAAAUUACUAUCACAUACCCCCACAAUUUUUUCUCCUAUCAAGUUUGCAUCCACAUCUGCCUCUUUCCAAAUAACUUAAGUUUAAUUUCAAUGUUUAUCUUAAUAAUAAAGCAAAAAAAAAUGUUUA